AUAAGGAUAAGCUUGUAGGGUAAACUUAGGGUAAAGAAUCAAUCAACUCGAUGUCGGAGGUGUCAGACUCGCCGUCAAAGGGGGACAGCGAUGAAACUCAAACCUCCCAAGAUACCUUUGUGUGCAACUCUGCUGGUUGUAACCAGAAGUUUGCAAGUGCAAAGGAAUUGGAAGUGCACAAGUGUAAGCACCAAAUGACACUUAAACUUGGACCAACCAAAGCCAGCAAUCUGUCGGAUGUAUUGCCAAUAGAUCAAACUCCAACUCCAACAAGAUUUUUACAGUUUGGUAACCAAAUGGGAUUAUUUGAGGAACUGAACCCGUUUGACCGUGAAUUUAAAACUGCUCAGAAAGAGACACUGACAAGCAAACAGCGACGCACGGCAAAUGUGGUCCAUCAACUGCAAGCGAUGAACAACUCAACGAAAAGUAAAACUCCGACAACUCCUAAUACUGACGCCAACAUGUUCCAGCAACCUGUCCAUGUGAUCACCCUUACUCCUUCUCUGUCAUCUCCCGUUGGUAACUUACCUGUUGGAGGGGGUCAGUUCUUUGUGCCCCCACUUCUCCCUUCACCCCAGGGGUUGAUACCAGCAUUACCGGGUUACACAGCCUCCUCACCCAUGUCCGUGCCCGUCAGCAUGCUCAGUCCCUCCAUUAUGCCAUUUGCACCAGGUUUAUUGCCAAUGCAUGGAAUGUCACCAGGUAUGAUGGCAGAUGCACAGAGGGCAUUGACAAAGGCUAUGUUUGCUGCUGUAGUAUCAGCAUCAUCACCAACAACUUCCAAUGUUCCACUACUAACCAACCCACAAGAUGCUUACAACAACAACAACACAAGUAUAUCUGAUGCUGCGUCGCAGCCAAUUAUUGGCAACACAAACGCAAAUCUUCCAAGGACCGGUUCCCUUCCUUCAGUAGCUUACGUUAAACAAGAGAGGCCGCAAUCUAAUUCGUCGGUUAAAAGUGAAUCAACCAAUCAGAUGUCAGAAGUUUCUCCACCCCUGCCAGCCCACCAAUCACAGGCGAUGAUGCAUGAAAAUUAUUUACAAAGCCAAUCAAUGGUCAUGCCUCCCUCAGUAAUGGUUCAUUUACCAAAUGGUCAAACCACUUGUAUAGGUAUCCCAACCACUUCCCCACCAAUGGCUGCUGGUAUGGUGGAUCUUACUAGCUCAAUCACCAUGCCAACUAUGUCCAAUCCUACCAUGCAACAAGCACUGAACAAUCAUCAGCAAGCCAACCACCCAACUCUAUCUAUGAAAAGUAGUUCCGAGUUUGGCAGCAAUUCCAACUUGCUUGAUGCAAAGCAGAAACUUAAAGAAACUCUAAAAAGCAACAACCCAGCUCUGCAGCAUGCAAUCACCACUCAAUCCAUGCAGAGUCAUAAUUCCUCUGACGAAACUUACGAUGAUUCUUCUUUCUUCCAUCAGAUGUCAGUAAACUCCUCUAACAACUCAUCCUCGGAUCAACCAAAACGAAGGCGAGGGAGGCAGCAACAAGAUGUUGAUCCGGACAUAAAGAGGCAGCGAUUUCUGGAGCGAAACAGAGCAGCUGCAUCAAGGUGUCGGUCAAAAAAGAAGAAUUGGGUUGUUGGUUUGGAGAGUAAAGCGAAGACACUUUCACAAACCAACGUUAUGCUACAGAACGAAAUAACGCAGCUGAAGGACGAGAUUGCAUCAUUGAAACAACUUCUGCUUUCUCACAGGGAUUGUCCAAUAACCAAAAUGCAACAGCAGAGCAUGGCAAUGGCUGGUAUCAACCUUAACCUGGAGCCUUCCACUACAACAACCACCACUUCCACCAACAACAGUGGUGUAAAGUCAGAGAAUAUGCCCGAAAAUUACCACCAGUCCUUAACAUCAUCCUUAUCCUCAAAUUCACUUGAUGAAAAUUACCAUAAUCCUAACAGUCAGUCCAGCCAGCAUCAGCAGCAGCCGCCAGUUUCCAGUGGUCAGUUAUACGCCGACCUCAUGUCCUCAUCUAACACUGCCACCUCGUGACGUGCAGCUGUGGUCUUUAUAUAAUUUCUAUUAUUUUAUCUCUUGGCGAACUCUGGUACACGCCGCAGCACUGCAAGUCAGGUCACUGCGCGAAGUUGUGUGAAAAAUGCAUUACCUAAACCCUGAUAUAAUACUAUAAAGCGCAGAAACUUUAUUUCGCCACCCAUGUUCCACAGUUGGGUUGAAACAGCUUUAUAAAUAAGCCGCUUUAUGUUCCAUUAUAAAAAAAACUCUCAAGCAUAGCUCAACAUUCCACCUCUGAACGUUGUAAACGUCAUUGAACAGGCAAGCUACUCACUGGUGCACACCUAGCAGUUUCCAAACUUUUUCAUAUAAAAAAUUCAAAGAUAAUUGCGAAAAUUUUGAUUCUCCUAAAUUUGCUAACUGCAUCAGUGGCAGCUUUGCCUCAAACAACUAACCCUAUGUAUUAGGUAGUACACCAUGACUGCCUUAAUCAGUUUUAUGUUUUAUAUUUGAAAAUAGAGUUAUAUAUAUAAGUAGCAAGAAACCUAAACCCUAAAUUCCGAAGAAGUCUGUCUACGUGCAAGGCUUACAAAUGUACUGCUACUUUUUUACAGCUGGUAUAACAAAUUGAUGUGUUGCUUUCGAAACCAUAACAGCUAUAAAAACAAAGUUCAUACUAAAAAUCUUUUUAGUACAACCUGUAAACCUUUAUAACAAUUUUAUAAAUUGACUGGAAUAGUACAGCUCAUUUUAACGAACAAUUUGUAAACAUUGCAAUUUUAUGUAAAAUUUUUAUUCGGUACAAACUCUAUGCUCUGAUGUAAACGCUAUGCUCUGAUGUAAUUAACAAUUUUUAUUGCCCAGCAUUGCGCAAAAAUUUUUGGACAAAUUGAGCUUCCAGUUAUAAGUUUCACUGACUCGUAAAAUUCUCAUUUUCUGUCCAUAGUAUUCGUAUUGCAUGUGCUUGUACUAACAUCGUUGUGUAUAGUGUCGCAAGUUCCACCAGUAAGCUUUUGUUUACCACCACUCGUAAGUAUUACACACUUGAUUUUAUCCCAAUUUAAAACAGUUCCGUAGCUACUAAAGUCAUUACCACCAAACAAAUAAGAAAUGCACUUGUGGUGUAAUGGCUUGGUGGUCAUGGUCAAAUGAGCGCCUUUUUACCAAUGCCAUGAUUUUUUAUUUUGCCAAAGCUUUCAGGUUUGGUAAAAUGUCCUAAAGUUUUCAUUAUCAAAUAACAUAUUUUUGUCCAACAUUUCUUUAAAUUAAAACAAUAACUUUCUGUUCUUUUGACCACAACUUUUACGUGCCCUGUUUUUCUUUGCAAAACUGUGCACUGUUGCAAUUGACCCUUGUUAUAUUAACAACCGGGUACUUUUAAACAGAUUUUACCAAACUUUAUCGUUUUACAAAAUAUUUUAUUCAGAAUCUUUAAUACCCUGGUUUCUCAGUCACCCGAGUGGUCUUCUAUUUUUAUUAUUUUCAUGUGAACUUUUAGUUUUUUUCUUUUCCUACGUCUGUAAAUAUAUGCACAAUGUUUCGCCUAUAUCGCUAUUAACACUAUCAAUGCCUUCUUA